CAAAGACAUUUACACACUGAACAAUCGACUACCCUGUCUUAACGACAUCCAUCAUGGCCUACGUCAGCACCCAUCCCGGGUCCAUGCCCGCAUAUGCCCUCUACCAUAACCCCCUUCACUCAACAACGGAGUCCCUGAAGAGGUCCAUCGUGGUAACCGAGGUUGGACUUCCCCUGGGCGAUGAUGCGGCGGCGAUCCCUAGGACUCUUCCCUCGGAGUCGGAGGCAGACGCCUUUUCCCACGAGCAGGGGCAUCAUAAGGCCGUUUUGACGGAGGCCGAGUGGAAGCUUGACGGUCACAGCAGCCACCAUCACGAGAAACAAAAAGACCAGGACCAGGGCAAGGACCACCUUACCCUCCUGACAUCCCUCAAUGAACAAACCACCUCCCUCCUUGCGAUCCUUGCAUCUUACUCCCACUUGGAGCUACAGAAUCCACAGAACGGAUCGGACGGGGAGGAUGAGACUUCGGUGCUGGAACAAGCGCUCGUUCUGGGACAGAUAGCUCCAGUGCUAGUUUCUUCGCUUCUGGAUUCUUCACUUCCCACACCUCCCACAGCGCCGGAAACGUCUGCAGCGUCUGCAGCGUCCGAUUUCGGGGUUGACUGUUCUUUGGCUGUUCCACCCCAGACCCGGGCUCAGGCCCAGCCUCAGGCUCAGGCUCAGACUCAGGCACAGGCUCAGGUGAUGGUGGCACUAGCGAACAUGGGAGUGGCGCUGGUCAAGCACCUCGAUCGGACGGGAGAUGGGAUGGAGUUGGAGGAGGCGAGGGGGGUUUAUCAACGAGGGAUCGAGAUGGGAAUGGGAAUGGGGAGGCGGUGGAAUGAAAGUGAGAUGAUGGAGAGAACGGUUGAUUUUGGGCAGAAAAGGGGGGAGGGAAUGGGGGGUGGUGUUGGUGAUGGUGAUGGGACUGAUGAUGGGGUGUUGGGGAUGCUAGAGCGGUUGGGAGCGCUGCUGGAUGAACGAGGAGGGAGAGCUCGGAAAGGUAGGUAG